AUGGAGCUGUCCCCAGGGCUGUGCGACGAUCCUCGCGCCUGGGAGUACGACCUGGACCCGGAGCUCGAUCCCGACGCACAAGCCGAGGCCUACGUGGCCCGUGUGCUCAGUCCACCGAAACCCGGCCUGGGGCCCCUGCGCGCCCCGCCGCUGCCCUUACCCGCCGCGACCCCCAUUGCUCUGGAGCCGCGGGCACCGUCCAAGGUUUCGGCCGUAGGUGUCCCUGGCCUGCUGAGCCUCCCCCCGGAGUUGCUGCUGGAGAUUUGCGCCUACCUGGAUGCGCGCCUCGUACUCCAGGUCCUGCCUCGCGUGUGCCACGCGCUGCGCGACCUCGUGCGUGACCAUGUCACCUGGAGGCUACGCGCGCAGCGCCGCGUACGCGCGCCCUACCCGGUUGUGGAAGAGGAGGACUUCAACUGGCCUGCCGCCUGCAUUGAGCUGGAGCAGCACCUGGCACGCUGGGCGGAGGAUGGACGUCGGGCUGAGUACUUCUGCCUGGCUGACGGGCACUUUGCUUCCAUUGACUCAGUGCUGCUGCUUCAGGGAGGGGCGCUCUGUCUGUCAGGCUCCCGGGAUCGCAAUGUCAACCUGUGGGACCUGCGGCAGCUGGGGGUGGAGCCCAGCCGGGUUCUGGUCAAGGCCCUGGGCACCCAGCACAACAGCACCCACAAGGGCUGGGUGUGGUCACUGGCCGCCCAGGACCACCGUGUGUGCUCUGGCUCCUGGGACAGCACGGUGAAGCUCUGGGACAUGGCGGCUGAUGGGCAGCAGUUUGGUGAGAUAAAGGGCAAGGCGGCCGUGCUGUGCCUUUCCUAUAGGCCUGACAUCCUGGUGACAGGCACCUAUGACAAGAAGGUGACCAUCUAUGACCCCAGAGUGGGCCCAGCCCUGCUGAAGAGUCGGCGCCUGCACGCAAGUGCAGUGCUGGCGCUGCUGGCCGAUGACCGGCACAUCAUCUCGAGCAGUGAGGACCACACACUUGUGGUGUUCGACCGCCGAGCCAACAGUGUCCUGCAGCGGCUGCAGCUCGACUCCUACCUGCUCUGCAUGUCCUACCAGGAGCCCCAGCUCUGGGCCGGUGACAACCAUGGCCUGCUGCACGUCUUCGCCAACCGCAAUGGCUGCUUCCAGCUUGUCCGGUCCUUCGACGUGGGCCACAGGUCUCAGAUCACAGGAGUCAAACACUCGCUGGGGGCCUUGUAUACUACGUCCACUGACAAGACCGUCCGGGUGCAUGUGCCCACAGACCCACCGAGGACCAUCUGCAUCCAUAACCAUCACAACGUACUGAAUGGGAUCUGUGCUGAGGGCAACCUGGUGGUGGCCGCCUCUGGGGGUCUGUCGCUGGAAGUCUGGAGGCUACAGGCCUGA